UUAAAAGCAACUCCCUCCCUCCUAUCCUGGAGAACAUAAGGCCGUGACGCAGCGGCGCCGCUGCCGCCGAGCAGGAAAGGCCCUCGCCGGGUGCAGCGAACGGAGCAGCCUCGGGCAGGAGUCGGAGACGCUUCUCCCUUUCCCCUGAACCUUCAAACGGAGGAAACGGCACUCCGUCCUUCGCGGCAAGAUGGUGACCCGCCUCCCUCGCUCGGCGGACCUGGCCCGCUUCUGCCAGAAGCUCAACCGGGUCAAGACCCUGGAGGACGACAUGAUGGAGACGUCCUUCAACCGCUGCCUCACCACCGUCGACUUGGCCCUCCUCGGCAUCGGCGCCAUGGUGGGCUCUGGCCUCUACGUCCUCACGGGCACAGUGGCCAAGGAGACGGCCGGGCCGGCCAUCGUCGUGUCCUUCAUCAUCGCUGGCAUUGCCUCGCUGCUGGCUGCCCUCUGCUAUGCUGAGUUUGGCGCUCAUGUACCCAAGACAGGCUCUGCUUACAUGUUCACCUACGUCUCCGUUGGCGAGAUCUGGGCCUUCCUGAUUGGGUGGAACGUCAUCCUGGAGUACAUGAUAGGGGGAGCAGCCGUGGCCAGGGCCUGGAGCGGCUACCUGGAUGCCAUCUUUGACCACCGGAUCAAGAACUUCACAGAGACCCACGUGGGCAGCUGGCAUAUCCCCUUCUUGGCCCAUUACCCAGACUUCUUGGCCUUUGGCAUCCUCCUUGUGGCAACGGCCUUCAUCUCCUUUGGCGCCCGCGUCUCCUCCUGGCUCAACCAUGUCUUCUCUGCCAUCAGCAUGGGGGUCAUCCUUUUCAUCCUCAUCAUGGGCUUCAUCCUGGCCCGGCCUCAAAACUGGGGGGCUGCCGAAGGGGGGUUCGCCCCAUACGGCGUCUCAGGGAUCAUGGCCGGCUCGGCCACCUGCUUUUACGCCUUCGUGGGCUUUGAUGUCAUCGCCACGUGCAGCGAGGAGGCCCGCAACCCUCAGAGGGCCAUCCCAAGGGCCAUCGCCAUCUCACUGAGCCUUGCCACGGGAGCCUACAUCCUGGUCUCCAUGGUGCUGACACUCAUGGUGCCCUGGCACUCCUUGAAUCCCGACUCGGCGCUGGCCGACGCCUUUUACCAGAGGGGCUAUUCCUGGGCUGGCUUCAUCGUGGCUGUCGGGUCCAUCUGCGCCAUGAACACCGUCCUCCUCAGCAACCUCUUCUCUCUCCCUCGCAUCGUUUAUGCCAUGGCAGAGGACGGGCUCUUCUUCAAGGUCUUCUCACGUGUCCACCCCCGGACGCAGGUCCCUGUGGUGGCCAUUGUGGUCUUUGGCAUCCUCAUGUCUCUCCUGGCCCUCAGCCUGGACCUGGAGGCUUUGGUCCAGUUCCUGUCCAUCGGCACUCUCUUGGCGUACACCUUUGUGGCUGCCAGCGUGAUCAUUCUGCGCUUCCAGCGGGUCAAGACGGAGGAAGCUUCCAAUGCGUCCGCCAGGAGUGAGGCUUCUGCCCCGGCAUCCACCGAGAGCAUCGGCGCCACGGAACCCAAGGAAUACGAAUCAUUCUCAGAUAAGCUCCACCUGGUGGGCAAGGAGAUGUCGAAAAGCAGGCGAGAAGGAGGGCAGAUGAAGGCCUUUUUUGAACCCUACCUGGGCUUCCUGGCUGACUUCGACCCCGGCGAAGUGGUCACGGUGGCUGUGAUCAUCCUCAUGGUGUCAGCAAUCUGCUUAUCCUCCAUCCUGGUGUUUGGGCAGAACCAGCUCCACCUCCCCACUUGGAGCUAUGCCUUGCUGGUCCUCCUUUUCAGCCUGGCCUUUGUGUUCAGUGUGGUCCUCAUCAGCAUUCAUCAGCAGCAGCAAAGCACCCAGACAUUCCAGCUCCCUCUGGUGCCACUGACUCCAGCGCUGAGCAUUUUCAUCAAUGUCUACCUCAUGCUGAAACUCAACUACAUGACCUGGAUCCGGUUCUCUGUGUGGCUGAUCGCGGGUUUGCUGGUUUAUUUUGGUUACGGCAUCUGGCACAGCAAAGAGAACCUACGGGAGCCCACGGCACACUCGGUCUGUGCCCGCUAUGUGGUUUUCCCAAGCAGCAGCCUGGAAGAGACAGUCCAAGCUGUGCAGCCCAGCACUCAGCCCUCUCAGGGAUUGGAGGAAAUGGCAGGCGAGGAAGAAGCCAAGAGGUGAUGUGGAGAGGCCUAACUUGGAGGAGACCCUUCCCUUUGACCACCACCCCCCAGCCCACCCACCACUCUCCAGUGUUUUGGCAGAAAGAAGAGGAGCCCUCAUCUGAUUCAGCCAGGAAGACCCUGGGAGUGCUAUUGAGCAGAGACCCACUGCUUCUGCUUUCCUGCUUGGUCCGUAUUUCUGCUCUGGAAAGCUGGACCCAUCUUGGCAUUGAAAACUGCCCAGUCUGUCCUGCCCUCCAGCUUGGAACCGAGAGCUGAUCUGCAGACAGCCCAUAUCAACCCGCAGCGGUGGGGUGGGGGCUGUCUUU